AUGACUUCUAUCCUUUUUAAGUUUGAUGUGUAUAACGGAGGAGCAAGGAAUAGAAAAACUGAUGUGAUUGCCCUCAGCUGGGCAAUUUAUGCUGCCUUUGCUUUUGCAGCAAAGGCAGGAGGGGCUCCUCCAGGAGGGAGCAUGGGUGCCACUCCAGGAGGGAGCAAUGCUACUGGUAGAGCUGGUGGUGGUAGCAGGCCUCCAGGAGGUGGUGGUGGAGGCCCUCCAUCUGCAGCUACUGGAGGUGGCGGACCUCCAGCUACAGGUAGAGCUGGUGAUGCUAGCAGGCUUCCGGGAGGUGGUGGUGGAGGCCCUCCAUCUCUAGCUACAGGAGGUGGCGGACCUCCAGCUGCUGGUAGAGCUGGUGGUGGUGGUGGACACGGGCCUUACGGAGGUGGUGGUUGUGGAGGCGCUCCAGCUACUGGUGGUCCUCCAUAA